UCUGGGGAAGUCUAGAACACAACCCUGUUGUUUGUAUUAAUUAGAAAAAGACAGUUUCUCUUUCUCUCUCUCACUGUGAUCUCAACAACUUCACUCUCGCGUUUGUUCUCUCUCACACAUUGUGCUGCUGCUGCAUCACCCCGCUCACUCAGUCAGGAUGGCAGAACGAGAACCUGCAUAUACUGUUGCAUCUGACAGUGAAACAACUGGGGAGGAAAAAUCAUCGCCUCUUCCUGAAAUAGCGAUUGGAAUUGAUAUUGGCACCUCACAAUGUAGCGUUGCUGUGUGGAAUGGCUCCGAAGUGGAGCUUUUGAAAAACAAAAGAAAUCAGAAGCUUAUGAAGUCAUUUGUGACAUUCAAAGAUGAAGCUCCUUCUGGAGGAGUUACUAGUCAAUUCUCCCAUGAGCAUGAGAUGCUGUUUGGAGAUACGAUUUUCAACAUGAAACGCUUGAUCGGCAGAGUUGAUACUGACCCUGUGGUUCAUGCAAGUAAAAAUCUGCCAUUUCUGGUGCAGACCUUGGACAUUGGCGUUCGUCCCUUUAUUGCUGCGUUAGUGAACAAUGUUUGGAGAUCCACCACUCCCGAAGAAGUCCUUGCAAUGUUUCUGGUGGAGUUAAGACUGAUGACUGAAACUCAUCUCAAACGACCGAUAAGAAAUGUGGUGCUUACUGUGCCGGUUUCAUUCAGUCGCUUCCAGCUGACCCGCUUAGAGCGUGCUUGCGCGAUGGCUGGUCUUCAUGUUCUCAGGUUGAUGCCUGAACCAACAGCAGUGGCGUUAUUAUAUGGACAGCAACAACAGAAAGCUUCUCAAGAAACUAUGGGCAGUGGAAGUGAGAAAAUUGCUCUCAUUUUCAAUAUGGGUGCUGGUUAUUGUGAUGUUGCUGUGACUGCUACCGCUGGGGGAGUAUCUCAGAUAAAAGCCUUGGCAGGAAGUACCAUCGGUGGAGAAGAUUUGCUUCAGAAUAUGAUGCGCCAUCUCUUACCAGAUUCUGAAAAUAUAUUCAAGCGUCACGGGGUUGAAGAAAUUAAGUCAAUGGCAUUGCUUCGAGUUGCAACCCAGGAUGCAAUUCAUCAGCUUUCCACCCAAAGCAGUGUUCAGGUUGAUGUAGAUUUGGGAAAUAGUUUGAAGAUAUGCAAGGUUGUUGACAGGGCGGAGUUUGAGGAGGUGAACAAAGAGGUGUUCGAAAAGUGUGAAAGCCUUAUCAUCCAAUGUUUACAUGAUGCAAAGGUAGAAGUCGGGGAUAUAAAUGAUGUGAUACUUGUUGGUGGAUGUUCAUAUAUCCCAAGGGUGGAGAAUCUUGUUACCAACUUAUGCAAAAUUACAGAAGUUUAUAAAGGUAUAAACCCUUUGGAAGGUGCGGUUUGUGGUGCAGCAAUGGAAGGAGCUGUUGCUUCAGGCAUCAGUGAUCCUUUUGGAAACUUGGACUUGUUAACGAUUCAAGCCACUCCUCUUGCCAUUGGAAUCCGAGCUGAUGGGAACAAGUUUGUACCUGUAAUUCCGAGGAACACCACAAUGCCAGCGCGUAAGGAUCUACUUUUCACAACUAUUCAUGAUAAUCAAACUGAGGCAUUGAUACUUGUGUACGAAGGUGAGGGAAAGAAGGCAGAAGAAAACCACUUGUUAGGAUAUUUCAAGAUAAUGGGAAUACCUGCAGCACCAAAAGGAGUUCCUGAAAUCAGUGUGUGCAUGGACAUAGAUGCUGCAAACGUGCUGCGAGUUUUAACCGGUGUUGUGAUGCCUGGAUCCCGUAUAACUGUGGUUCCUGUUAUGGAAGUGAGGAUGCCAAUGGUUGAUGAUGGUCAUGGUUGGUGUGCUGAGGCCCUAAAUAGGACCCAUGGUGCCACAAUGGAUUUGGUUACCCUCAAGAAGGCAUAAAUUGAUAAUAAUGUAUCAUUGUACCUAUUUUAGUUGUUUUCCUGUGUUCCAGAAUAGAAGUUGAUUUACAUGUAUAAUGUUUGUAAUAUAAAUGUAAUAAUACAUAGAAGACUUUAUUUCUAUAGCUACCACCGCGUCUGUGUAUCUCUGA